GCCCUGGUAUGAUCUGUCCUCUUUUUAAAGUUUGUUAAGUCUGACAUAUAAAACUGAACAUCAUGAUAAAGUUCAGCAUUCACAAUUUAGGCUCUUAGAAGAGUUUCUUGAUUGCAUAGCAUUUUUGCUUUAACAAUCAUGGCCACGAUGACACAGAUGGGUUCAUCUCUAUUAUCUUCCUUAGGCACAGCCAUCCAAUCUUUAGCAUACAUAUCAGCUGCCCACAAACUUUCUUCUUCAUUCUCAGAAAGAAGAACUACAGAGUAUUGCCUUGUUGACACAAACAGCCCCGUGGGAGAGUUUGAAUGCCAGCUGGCUGCCAAGCUGGAGGUCCUCAAGCAGUCUGCCAAAAUCAAUCUUGAAUGGCUGCACGAGGCCCUGGUAGUUGUGGCACACAUCCACUCCACAGUUAUUGGAGCCAUGUCAGGCCUGCAGUUGCCCCUGACAGAGAUGGAGCAGAGGGCAAUAAAUGAAUACCUGGAUGACAGUGUCAAGCUCCUGGAUGCUUGCAAUGUGAUCAAGGAGAGCUUUGCCUAUGUGGAGAGGUAUCAUAUGUUAGUCCAGUUGGCACUGCAUUCAUUGGACAGCAAAGAGCCUGUGAAUGACAAUAAGAUUACCAGGGCCAAGAAUGUUUUCCAUGAGUGUGUGGUGACCAUCAAGAAGAAGGUCGAGGAGGUAGACAGGCAAGGACAACAGAGAUCAAAGCUUGAGAAUUGCAGCUCCAUGCUGAGAAGAAUGGGCGAAAAGCUCAACAACAACAACAAUAACAACAGGAGCAGUAGCAACAACAAUGCAUUGGUCAUUAGUGCCAUGUAUGGUGCAAAGAUAAGCACCAUUUUUUUAUGUGGGGUAUUGUCUAUAACUCUAUUGGUGAAGCCCAAGAGGAUCCUCCCUAGCCUCCACCUAACCCACCAGCUCCCAUGGGCCUCAUCGAUGCUGAAACUACAGCAUAAGGUCAAGGAGGAGAUUGACAGAAGGAAGGCCAUUAAAGGUUCAGCUGCCCUGCUUGAAGAACUGGAUGGUGUGCAUCUGGAGGUGAAGACAUUGUAUAAUGUUUUAUUGAAUCUGGAUAAGGAGAAAGAGAAGGGAUUUCCUAUGAUGGAGGAAAUCAGGCAAUCAGUUCCGAGGUUAAGGAAGUUUUCAGAAGAUCUGCAGAAGAGGCUUGGUCCUGUGGAACAGAAAGUUAAUGAGAUUUAUAGAAUGUUGGUGUCUAGCAGAGUGGCCUUACUAGACAUUAUCAGUCAUGUGAAGGACUAGACCAUACCUGGUCACAAAAUUCACACUGAUGUAUUUUCUGUGUAUGAUUUAUUUUCACAUUAAAAAUUUCAUAUUUCUGUAAAGCUAAAAGAGCAGUUUAGUAGCCAAAACUUAGGACAUGACUAGUUUUAUUCUUCUAAAUGGUGUCUUAACCACUUUGACAUUGAAUCCCACAUAUAUGUCACAUUAGUUUUAGUAUAUUAACUUCAUACCCUACAAUUUGUAUUCCGAUAACUUUGGGAUUGAAUCAACCAUCGAACUUUCAAGAGGAUGUAAAUAUCAUCUUACCAAAUCA